GGUAAAUGCAGUUGAUACAGGGUUGGGGAAAAUCAUCCAGAAGCUAAAAGACAAAGACCUUUGGGAAAACACAGUCCUCCUGUUUACACCCGACAAAGGCGGGAACAAGAAUGUGCAAAACAAUUGGCCGCUAAGGGGGGCAGGAAUGAACUACUUCGAGGGCAGAAUACGCGGUUUAGGUAUACUAGCCGGUGCCAUAACUCAUGGCGGUAAAGGCAAAGAUUUACCCAAACCUUACAGUGGAUUAAUCCACAUGACUGACUGGUACAGAACUUUCCUAUCCCUAGCUAAGGCAGAUAUAGGUAACUCCGGUGUUGACUCGUAUGAUGUCUGGAAUUCUAUCCGUGUCUCUAAACCAAGCCCAAGAACUGAGAUACUUCAUAGUUUGAACCCGGAAAUACCCAGACUCGGGAGCCCCCUCUACCCAGAUACAUUUGACAGUUCG